GGUCCGAAGCUUGCCUCCGACUCAGCCAGAGUGUAACUUCUCAGCCAUGGGAGAAGGUUGAGCCUGAAGUUCUCAGAGCCCGAGCGGUGCGUUAUGGAUGGCAGCAGGCUGAAGCUCCUGGCACACCCUGAUUUGUACCCUGCUGCUCAGGAAGAUGUAUGUGGCAGCUCUCCAAAAACCGCUGCUUGGGUAUCUCUUCACCCUCAUAGUCCUGCAGCUGCCCAAGAUGAAUGCAGGUCACUUUGAAGUCCUUGGACCCCUGGAGCCCAUCUUGGCCUCAGUGGGUGAAGAUGCACUGCUCCCUUGUCACCUCUCACCCAGUGUGAGUGCCGAGCACAUGGAGCUGCGCUGGUUCCGGAAUACAUUCUCGCCUGGGGUGAUGGUGUACCGUGAAGGCCAGGAGCUGCAGGAAGAGCAGAUGAUCGAGUAUCAAGGGCGGGUGACUCUAGUGCAGGACAACAUCACUUUGGGGCACGUUGCUCUGAAGAUACACCACAUCAGAGCGUUUGAUGAAGGGGUGUAUGGGUGCUUCUUCAGGGAUAAACAAGACCAAGGAGAAGCCUUCCUCAUUCUGAAUGUAGCUG